AUGGCUGCAUUAGGCAACUCACGAUAUAUGUUGGCUUGUCCUCGUUGUCAUCGUAAUGAUCAUCUUCAUCGUCGUGAUCAUCUUGCUCAUGAUCUUCAUCCUGAUCCUUCUCCUGGUCCUGUUUAUCCUCCUGGUACUAAGUCUGCACUUCAUGAGGGUGCUCUUCGUGGUGCUUGUAUUCUUUCUCGUGUUUCUCUUAAUCAUAAACUUCCUGCUCCUACGAUUCUUGCUGCUUAUGGUGUUGCUGUUCCUGAUAUUGAGGUUUAUAAUGCUCAUCGUGCUGGUCAUCUUGGGACUCAUAAUCUUGCUGUUGCUUAUGGUCUUCGUGAUGAUUAUAGGGCUGGUGCUGCUACUCGUCUUCGUGCUGGUGUUAUUGAAAAUCAGUAUCAGUUUUGUUUUUUCAAAGUCGAUGGUGAUGAUACGGUGUACGUGUGUGACCUGAAACAUUAA